UUGGGGACGCAUCAGAGCCCUGAAAACCGUCGACUUGGAGGUUUCUAGAAGUGAGAGGGAAGACGAGCAACGACACAAUACUCUCGGAGUACGCGAUAGUGCCGUGCCAAGACGUUACCCGGGUUCCCUCGACGCGGGGCAUUUAUUUGUCGGUUAUAUAGACACAAUAUUCAAUGAAAUAAUGGCUGCGUUGCCAAGGCGGAUUAUCAAAGAAACACAGAGACUGAUGCAAGAGCCUGUACCUGGUAUCAGUGCUGUGCCAGAUGACACGAAUGCUAGAUAUUUUCACGUUAUUGUGACUGGACCCGAGGACUCGCCAUUCGAGGGUGGAUUGUUUAAGCUCGAAUUGUUCCUACCUGAAGAUUAUCCAAUGUCAGCACCAAAAGUUAGAUUUAUCACCAAGAUCUAUCAUCCUAAUAUUGACAGACUCGGAAGAAUCUGUCUGGACAUUCUUAAAGAUAAAUGGAGUCCAGCACUUCAAAUAAGAACGGUAUUGCUAUCAAUACAGGCACUCCUGAGUGCCCCAAAUCCGGACGAUCCAUUGGCGAACGAUGUCGCUGAAUUAUGGAAAGUCAAUGAGAGCGAGGCGAUACGUAAUGCCAAAGAAUGGACUCGCAGAUACGCUAUGGACAACUGAUCUCAGCCGAGUUUCAUAAGUCAGCUAAUGCGUUGCCCAGUCCACUCAGACACUUCGAAUUAUAAUCCUCCUGGCACACUGGCGACGUUUCGUACACCCGUGUCCACAAUUUUGCUAUGCAAAUAAUAAAAAUAACAAGAAUAAUAAUGAAACACCGUUUUUUGUAAAGAAUUUAAAGAGAAAAAAAACAAAAAUUGAUAAUAUUUGGGUCUGUAUUUUUUACGUGUGCCUGGGAGUUUAAAAAUAUUUCGCACCGUUUAAAAAUGGAAGAUAAAUGCUAAAAAAAUUAAUCUGUUCAGUAAAAUCAUAGUCUUGGUAAUGAGACUGCUGAUUAUCUUGUGGAUAAAAUUUAAGAGUGAAAAUUCAUUGAAUUUAUUUACCUAGUUCCAUUGAAAAUACGUGUCUAUCGAAGACACGUGCAGUUGACUCGAAGUGAUUUCAUGGAAUGAAUUUAGAUUUAUGAGACGAAGGUAAUUCGGAGAAUUUAACUGAAAUAAUUUCGUUCAAUUUUGUUCUCUCCCAUUGAAUUCUGAAAAAUGUAGAUAAUUAAUCAGGUGGUGAUGAGCGAAUUGACCCUAAUGUGCUGUGCAAUGAGGUGUCUAUUUCGCCCCACGAAUAACUGAAACAUCGUACGAACAAAAUUUCGGAUUAUUGUCAUAACUCAACGCAUUUGGUCCAUUGGAAACUGAUUCCAUGUGGUGUACAGUAUUAAGGAUAUUAAGUGAAACAGAAAACAUUCAAAUGUGCUUAUCAAUGUACCCAAAAAAUUACAAAGAAAAAAAAACAAAAGCGGAAUUCAAUACUAAUGUGACUGUCUGUUUAAUUUCCUUUUUAUUCUUCUCAUUGAUUUUCCUUCAGUUCAAUUGGGAUUUGCCCUCCAAAGCCCAACACUCAAUUCAUCUUCAUUUACUCUUUGGAUUGUACAUAGAUGAUAAAUAUAGCCUAGCAGCUUUUGAUAGAUAUAUAUAUUUUUUAAUUAUUAUUUUAAAAGUAAAGUUCAAAUAUCUCAGAUCGAUGGUGAAGUAUCAAUUCGAUAGUUACCGCAAUGGAUUGUAAUUCAAAGGAUGAGGUUUUUUUUGAGACUAGCACUUAUGAAAACGCCCGACACGACGUUGUAUUUAUACAGAUAUGAAAAAAAUUGAAAAACUAUAAAAAAAAAUAAAUGUCAUUUGUACUAGAUAAA